AGGUUUUCCAGCCCUGACCCUGGAGACCAAAAUUGACAGGAAAUUUUUGACCCAGUGUAGAUAGGGGGUUUUCUGGUAAGGGUGUGAUCUGCAUCAAAGGACUCAAGCUCACCUCAAUAGAGGACACUGAAGAUUUUCUGAAAAGGUGGCCCCCUGAUAGCAAAAGAAAUGGGUCCAGUGAGAAACAAGAGCCAGAUACGGCUGACUCGGGCCAAUGAAAAUGGACUUAACACGAAACCAAAUCUCAAGAGACCAACUUUACGGAAACAGCCAGUGAUGACCAGGUCAAGAGCUGCUUUUGGAGAAUUGACCAAUUCUGUGGUGGGGACUGGUCUAGCAGAAAAUGAGCCAGAGUUCCUCAAACCAGGAAAGAAGUCUCAGAAGAAAACCUCAAAAUCAAGCAUACAGAGUGAUUCUGAUUCUUCUGCAGAAAGCAUUGUUCCAAUUUCUCAAGAGGAAAGCCUAAAAUCCUCACAGGGAUCUCAGAAGUCUUUAGAAGAGUCCAUCUAUUACUCAUCGCUUGAAACUCUUGAGAGCAAAGGGGAAGAUGGAAGAACAGAGUGUGAGCCAAUGGAGGUGGACCAUUCGCUGUCAAUGCAUACCUUGCCAGAAGGAGUGGAAGACUUUGAUCUCGCAACUGCUGAUGAUCCCAUUCAUUCCAAGAUGAGAUUCUUGUCAUGGUUUGCUUUUCGCAAUCGACAGAGUGAGGUUGUGGUGAAUGACUACCUGAGCCGUCAGAGGGAGGUGACAGCAUCGAUGCGUGCAAUCUUGGUGGACUGGCUGGUCGAAUUGCAGGAGACAUUUGAGGUGUCACACGAGUCCCUGUAUAUGGCAGUACGAAUUGUGGAUCUCUAUCUCAUGAAGGCCCAGACAACAAAGGCCAGGCUCCAGCUUGUUGGAGCCACUGCUCUCUUCAUUGCCUGCAAGAUGGAGGAACGGUAUGCACCACUGCUGAGUGACUUCCUGUAUGUGUGCGACAAUGCAUACACACGAAGAGAGAUGAUCCUAAUGGAGCAGGAGGUCCUGCGCACCAUUGACUUCCAGCUCACCUUCCCCAUCUCUUACACCUUCCUCCGCAGAUAUUCCAGGGUGAUCUACAUGCAGUUGCCUGACUUGACCCUUGCCCGCUGGAUCCUGGAGACAUCACUGCAAGAGUACAGCCUAGUCGGGUUAAGGCAAUCCAAAUUGGCUGCUGCAGCCUUGUUCAUAGCCCUACGGAUGAAGAAUAUCUCCACGUGGACCCCAACUCUCAAGUACUAUUCAGGAUAUGACCUAGAGGAGCUGAAGGAUGAAAUCCUGAAACUAAAUCAGAUGCUUCAUCAACCUCCCAAACCCCACCUGAAUACCAUUAGAAGGAAAUACUCCCACCCGAUCUUCUUUGAAGCAGCGACAACGCCCUUGCUCGAGGACAGUCAGCUCUUCUCAUAAAUUUCAUUAUGCUCAAGCCUGCAGAGAGUUUCUUUUUGCCCUCUUAUGACCUAUUCUCUUGAUUUUUAUAUAUUUUUUUGCAGUUUGUGUGAGUGUGUGACAUGAGUGUAUGUGGAUGGAUGAAUGAGGAGAAACAUAUCAUGACUUGUAUAUUUUGUGCCCGAUUUUUCAUCUUGAGGCAAGAUUUUGUGGAUUUUGGCAUGUCCUGAAAUUCCUCAACGAUGAAUAUUUCUUGAAUUGGUUUUUUUUUUUCUCUUCUGUUUUGGUCGUAUGGACUGUAUUAAGUAGACCCCCCCCAACUUUCCCUUGCACCUUGUCAUAUCAGAAGACUUGGAGUGAUGUAAUAAACCCUUGUGCCAGUUUAAGA